AUGGCUAUCGAACAGCACAUAGAUGGCCUAUUGCGCCACGUUGGCCUGCGGGUUGACCACGGCUUGACGCCGGUCUCAGCAUCUCUGGUUCUGCUAGCUGGUAUUGGCGCUUUAUCCGUGGGAACCUUUGCGCUGCGUCUUGUUCGCCUCUUUGCCGAUGUCUAUAUCCUCCCGGGCAAUUCGGUUUCCAAGUACGGUGCCAACAAGAAGGACCUGACUCGGGCGAGCUGGGCGGUGGUGACGGGCGCCACGGAUGGAAUCGGACGCGAAUUUGCUCUUCAGCUUGCUCGCAAAGGUUUCAAUAUCGUGCUCGUCUCUCGUAGCCCUGAGAAGCUUGGCUCGGUUGCGGCUGAAAUCGAAGCUGCCACUCCGGGCGUUCGCACCAAGACGCAAGCGAUCGAUUUCGCCCUCGGAGACGAACGCCAGUACGAAGGACUCGAACAUACCGUAAAGGGUCUCAACGUCGGUGUUCUGGUGAACAACGUUGGAAAAUCGCACAACAUGCCCGUCACAUUUACCGAGACCUCGGAAGAAGAGAUGGAAGACAUUAUCGAGAUCAACGUGGUAUCGGUGCUUCGUGUUUCCAAGAUGAUCAUCCCAGGCAUGGUGGAUCGCAAGCGCGGGCUAGUGCUCAAUCUAGGAAGCUUUGCGGGGCAAGUGACGACGCCGAUGCUCGCUACGUACGCCGGAAGCAAAGCAUUUUUGAGCGGUUGGUCGCAGGCAUUGGGCGAAGAAGUGAAGAGGAGCAAUGUCGACGUGAGCCUGUUGAACACGUACUUUGUCGUCUCCAACUUGUCCAAGAUCCGCAAGAGCAGCGCGAUGAUCCCUACUCCCAAGCAGUACGUGACGCAGGUGCUCAAGACGCUGGGAAGGAACGGAGGCGCUGUGGGACGGCCGUACACCGCCACACCUUGGCCUGGGCACGCGUUGGUCGAUUGGGCCACCACCUUCGUUCUGCCAAGAGGCUGGCUGCUCAGCUAUACGUAUGGACAGCAAGUAGCGACCAGGAAGAGAGCUUUGAACAAGGCUCACAAGGCUGUCAAGUCGGCUUAG